AUGGAUGAAUCUGUAACUCCAAGUAAUCCAUUGGCCAAUUCUAUUUUUUUAAAUGAAAAAGAAAUUAAUCGGUCAGUACCAACAAUACCAACAACAGAUACUGGCAUUACACCAACACAGACAACAACUAUUACAAAUCAAACAGUCACUGGUCAAAAUGGUGCAAGAUAUUCUCAAGAGAAGAUGAGACAAAUAAUUGCUACAGCAAUUAUGGUUCAUGAGCACCCUUUCAGCAUUGUUGAGGAUGAAGUUUGGAUGUGGGGCUUCCAAUACGCCAAUUCUGAAUUUCAUAAAAUUUUUAACAAAACUGCUCGAAGUGAUUGCUUGGCAAUAUAUGAGGCUGAAAAGAAACAAUUGAAGGCUUUGUUACAAGGUGUUAGGAAGAUAAGUUUGACAACUGACAUGUGGAGAUCAAGCCAUCAAAUUGUUGAAUAUAUGGUUAUCACAUGUCACUUUAUUGAUGCAGGAUGGAAUCUUCAAAAAAGGGUUUUGAUUUUUGUUCAGGUACCUGCUCUUAGACGUGGCAUUGAUGUUGCGGAUGCUAUUUUCAAGUGUUUAAAGACUUGGGAAAUUGAAAACAAAGUCUUUUCCGUAUCUGUUGACAAUGCUUCCUACAAUGAUUCAUGUCUAAGGGCUCUAAAGGAUACUAUUUCAGAUAACAACUCAUUACAUGUUGGUGGUAGUUUGUUUCAUGUUAGAUGCUGUGCACACAUUCUGAAUUUGUUGGUACAAGAUAGGCUAAGUAAAAUUAAAGGUAUUGUUCAUAAAGUUCGUGAGAGUGUCAAGUAUGUCAAUUUUAAUGAUUCAAGAUAUAAAACAUUUGUUAAUAUUGCUAAAAACAAGCGUUUGAAGGAGAAAAAACUCAUCAUUGAUUGUCCCACAAGAUGGAAUUCUACUUACAACAUGUUAUCUGUGGCUUUGAAGUUUAAAUCUGUGUUUCCUGUGUAUAAGGAAAGAGAACCCCACUACAAUUACGAACCAUCAUCAGAAGAUUGGAGGAAAGUUGAGAAGAUUUGUAAAUUUUUAAAAGUUUUUAAUCUUGCUUCUCAUGUCAUUUUUGGUAGUGAGUAUCCUACUGCAAAUUUGUACCUUUCUGAAGUUUGUAGAGUGAAAUAA